CUCAGGAAGAAGCACAAGGACAUGCUAAAACAUAAGGUGGACCUGGAGGAGAUGGACACAGUCUUGAACACUGGGUGUGAGGCUGGGAAGCAGGAGCAGAGGAUGAAUGCCAUUGCCACCGAUGAGAACCAGAGGCUGUGGAAUGAGCUGGACAGGGUCAAUUUCCUGACCCAGCAGCUGAAGGGGGAGCGCGAGGAGCUGCACACCCACAUCAAGGUGCUGGAAUCCUCGCUGCACCACUCGCAGCUGGAGCUGAAUGACUGGCAGGCUCAGUUCGACCAGCUGAAGGAGCAGCACCAGAGCCUGGACUACCACUGCGAGGUGAGGUCUGUGGCUGGUGGGCCUGGGGACACCACGUCAUGUACCGUGGCCUGGGCUGACAGCCUUGGGUUCAGCCAGGUGGGAUGGGUCCUCAUUGGCAUCUAUGCUCUAAGACUGUGUGAAGGUCACACUGAGGCCCAAGGAAGCUCGAGGCAUUGA